ACCGAUUCCACGCAACGUCCACGCCGCCGCACGAACAAUGUCGCCCGCGCCUCUCGCGCCCCGAGGGGAAGCCUCCUUCGACCUCUACGCCUACAACCCGUCCGCCGCAGCGGGCUGGGCCUUUGUCGUGAUCUUUGCGCUGGGCGCCGCGGUGCACCUCUUCCAGAUCUUCCGGCUCCGCGCGUGGUUCUUCAUCCCGUUCCUGCUGGGGUGUAUUGGCGAAGCAUUCGGUUACUACGGCCGCGCCUGGUCGCACAACAACAUCCGCAACGGCAGCCCCUACCUGCUGCAGCUGAUGCUGAUCCUGGGGUCGGCGCCCCUGCUCUCCGCCAGCGUGUACAUGACCCUGGGGCGGGUGGUGCGGGCGCUCAACGCGCAGUCGGCGACGGUCAUCCGGUCGACGUGGAUGACCAAGAUCUACGUGCUGAUUGACAUCGGCAGCUUCGUGUGCCAGAUGAUGGGGUCGGCGAUGCAGGCCAGCGGUGACGCGGACGGGGUACGCACCGGCCAGCGCGUGGUGAUCGGGGGCUUGGGCGUGCAGCUCGUCGCCCUGGGCUGGUUCAUGAUCGAGGCUGGGUCGGUGCAUCGCCGGCUCAGCACGCGGCCGCCGUCGGGCGCGGCGCGCGAUCCCGCGGUGCCGUGGCCCCGGACGAUGUGGACGCUGCAUGCUGUCACGGCGCUGAUCACGGUACGCAGUAUCUAUCGGCUCGUGGAAUUCUUGGCGGGGACGGAUAGUGUGUUGAGUAAGAAGGAGGCGUUUUUGUAUGUCUUCGAUGCGUCAUUGUUGGCUAUUGCCGUGUUUGCGUUUGCGGCGGUGCAUCCCGGCAGCAUGUUGCGCGUGGUCAGAAGGAUGGGGCACGAUGGGUUGUUUGAUGGGGUGGUUAUGCUGGAUUGA